AAAAAAAAUAUAUAUAUAUAUUAAAUACCAUAAAAUGCAUGUAUGCUUUGUCUAAAAUGUAUGCCCAUCCAAAAUAAGUUCAUAUCCAUUACGAAGACGGAAAAUAAACUUGAACAUACAUGAUGACACCAAGCUGGCAAACUGUGAUCAGUUCUUUUUUGAAAGAGCUUAUAGUUAUACAGCCUUUUACUGCAAAAACUAUUCAUUUAAAGAACUAAUUUAAUGUCAUUUUAGCAUCCUUUUGAAACCUAAAAAGACAAAUGGGACACCUUUGUUGUAGACUUGUGGACAAAUAAGUGAGAAUAAAAGUGCACAGCCGCUGUAUCCAGGAUGCACAAAAACAAUCGUUUCUAAACAAUUUUGUUUUUGAGUUAUGUAGUGACUUCUGGUGGUUGUGUAGAAAUAAAUCUGACAGAAGCGUGUAAUUUUUGUGUGUGUUUUGCAGGUUUGUGUUUAAUAUGAAUCAGACAGUCAGUGAAAGGACUAUGAACAGUGUUCCGUCUGAGGCUAUUUCAUAAUCAGACUGUCAGUCUACUUCAAUAUCCAGGAAGAGAAAGCCAUCACUGUUUACCUGUAAAUAACUAGGACUUUAUCUUCAUGCAAGGAGCUUAAAGACAAGAUUUUACAUGCCAGCUUAAACAAAGAUUUUUAUGAAUCACCAGUUCAGGAGGAACUGAGCAGAAUGUGAAUGAUCAUCACAACAUAGCAUGUGUCUUUCCUGAGAUUUAUCUAAAGCUAGUCUCCAGGGGAGAACAGUCUGCCUUGAAUGGAUAGACCUGGUGGCCUCGCAGUGUGAGGGAUGCUGUCGAUCCAGCAGAAAUAAAAACGUUGGCAAAAAAUUGGAAACCAAUAUUUUACAUUAGUUAAGUCGGCUUUCUGUCUUGAUCCAGGACAUAAAGCAAGUAUGCGAGUCAUCACAUGAGCAAUUUUAAACCACGUUGAAGAACUCUAUAAUGCAUGCUGAGAAUUCUUUGCAUAGUUGUUUUCUUUUUCUUUUCUUUUUUUUUUUUUGUGGAUGUGCUUUUGUAAUAUGCUUCAAUGAAAAGUUAACAGAAAAACACUGUAAUGCAAGGGAAUGAACUCAUCAGCUGCAAAAUUCAAUACCACUGUUCUAUGGAGAGCUCAAACUAUUCAUUAGUGUUCAUCAAUAUUGCUAUUGCUCACACUUAAGAUUAGAAAUAAAGUUUUAAAUGUUCACAUUACAUGUUCUUCAUUGUUUGCACUACAUUAACACUACAAGUCAUGGCUUUUGAGAAAACGGGGUUCAUUUGUGUUUAAUUGGUAAUCAAUAAAAGCAGACUAGAAUGCACUCCUUUGACAAUAAUUAUUCACAAUGAAACAAGCUAUGUGACGAGUUUAGCAUAGUUUUAUUUAGAAGAUUUGGAUUUAAAUAAUCAGAUCCUUGAGAUUUUAGAAUUGAAUUAUUAUUGCAUGGAUUAAUAUGUUUCCAGCAAUUCUUUAAACCCUAACUGAUGCAGUGCUUAGCUUUUCAUUUCUUGAAGGGGUCAUAUGAUGUUGCUAAAAAGAACGUUAUUUGGUGUAUUGAAAUUUGUUUAUGUGGUUUAAGGUUCAAAAAACAUUAUUAUCCACAUAAUGUACAUUAUUGUUUCUGCUCUGUGAACCGCCUCCUGAAACGUGUUGAUUUUACAAAACUCAUCAUUCUGAAAAGCAAGGUGUUCUCUGAUUGGCCAGCUAUCCAGUGUGUUGUGAUUGGCUGAAUACCUCAAGCAUGUGACGGAAAUGUUACGCCCCUCACCAUCCUGUGAUGUGUGUCUUGGUGUUCUAACAAAUAAUGCUACUUAUCAGAUUAUGCUACCAUCACUGUAUUUAUCCUACUUAGUCACAGUCUGUGAGUCAGAACAGCCGGCAUUGUUGUUUUCUCUUCCGGGAAAUAAUCAUCCAUAAAAUGUGCUGCACACAUAUGAAUAUUUGGGUUAAAAUGUUCUGGAACAGUGUUGUAAAUACAAAUUAUCCACUGUUUUCUAGUCGUGUCCUCUUUUGGAAGACAGAAAAUGGUGGCGGCGGUGGAGCAACAAUAAAAUUACACUUUAUAUCUUUGCGUUAACAUUUAGGCGGUGUUAUGCUAAUCUUCCCACAUUGUGAUGUAGACCUGUGGGAGCAUGUUUAACUGAGGUGUUUUUAGGAGGGUGUGGACGAAUAUUAACUUUUAUAAAGAAUAUCUAUUUGGGUUUGAGACUUUAGUCUUUGCAAUUUCAGGGAUCUUAUCUAUUCACAAACAGCUUGUAACACUCCAAAGAGAAAUUAAAACUUGAAAUUGCAUCAUAUGACCCCUUUAAACAACCAUGCUGAAAUAGGUACCCAUGUCCAUAUUCCAGGAUGACAAUACCAAGAUUCAUCAGGCUCAAACUGUGUCCAUCAAAGAGUACUGACCUUAACCCCAUUUAAAGUCUAGGGAUGUGCUGGAGUCGACUUUAUACUGCUAAAGUUUAUAUACUAAAAAAUGUUGUUCGGUGUGAUACCUUAUUUGCCAGCGAGAUAUGGGGACAAGAUGAGGUAUUGGCAUCAAGUGAGGUCAUAUGAACAUGGUAUGUUUUUGCAGCUGAAUUCUUGCAUGCCUCACACACCCACCUUGGACACGCAGAUGGCAUAUUUUCGAUCUAAUGAUCCCAGGUAUGCCAAAACCAUAAAGUUUCUCUCCAUGAUUCGAGAACUUGACAUAAGGAUGGCCUCUAAAUGUCUGCACAUUAGUAUCCCUAUUAAUUCCUGAUGUUUUUGUUCGUUUGAAUGUUUUCUCACACUCCUCCCUGAAAAACAGACCUCAGGACUGUAUUUUAUCCUGCUCCAACAUUUUUGACUGCAAUAAAUCAUAAGUUUGCCAAAAGUUGGCCAUUUUAAUGCAAGGUGAUUACUUCCCUUCAGCAUUCUUUAAUCUUCUUUCAUCUAAAGUUGGAAGAAUUCUGUAUGGAUUUAUUGUUGAGAGCUUUGCAUCUGUAAAUUCUCAAGCAAACAGGGAAUGAUGGGCUCAAAAUUGCAGCGAUUAUGCCACACAUCACACCAGAGCUUUCACAGCUCAGUGUGUUAAUUGAAGAGAGUUGUGCAUUUCUCAACAGUGAGGGGAGAUGCUACGACUGUGAAAACAGCACUCGAGGGGGGGAGCGAGGGAGGUUGUGGGUGUGUUAGCGUAUGAGAGAAAAAAUAGGGGAAGGGAGGGAGAGAGGAGAGAAAUAAAAACAGCACAAGAGGACAGCAGACAGCACGGAGGAAAAAAAUCCCUCUGAGGUUCCACCAUGUUCCUGCAGACUGUCUCCAUCCUCUUCCUCUCGGCCGUCCUCUUCGGCUGCCUGGAAGGGAAGGGUGUGCAAAUGCAGCGAGAUGUUCAGUGCUGCAUGCAGUACUCUCACGGCAAAGUCCGGACCAAAGACGUCCUGAGGUAUGAGAGGCAGACGGAGGGGCCGGAUUGCAGCAUAAGAGCCAUCAUAUUGUACACCAAAAAGGCGGUGAAGUGCGCUGAUCCAAGUGACAGGAAGGUGAAGAGGUUACUACGGAAACUGAACCAGAGGAUGGGACCCAAAGCCCGCAGGACCAUGUGGCUACAUAUGAAUCUACCCGCCAUGUCAGAGGUCGCUGUUGUUAACUCCCAAAAGAUGAACAAGACCAAGUGAAAGUUGAGGGAGGACAGGUGAUUCAUCAAACUCCAGCCUUCUUGUGUGUCAACUGUUUUCUUAUGUAGGAAAAUAUAUGUAGUCUCAUAUUAUUCGCUACCAAUCACUAUUUUAUCCAUAUAUAUUGUGAUAUUUAGAUGUCUUCUCAAAUGACUGUUAAUCUAUAUGCCAAAGUAUUCUUCUCUGAGACUUCUUAAAGGUUGUUUAUAAUCUCUGCAGCUAUGUAUAGUCUCUAUAACUUAUAUAAGCUCUUCUAUAGGGUCCAGUAAGCUGGUAUGACUGUUCUCAACCAAUUUAUAGUGCAAUUACAGAUGAUCUUGUGUAUGUUAAAACACAACUAAUUUUUAUAUAUAAUAAUAAAUGGUUAAAAAAAGUAUGAUUUUGUUUUUAUUGUAAAAGACAUAACAUUUCCCCCCAUCCUAGUCAAUGAGAGG